AUGAGUCAAAAAAUUGAAAGCUUGUUAAUUCAAACUGAUACUACAAAUAAAAAUUCUCCAACUCUCGUCGAUGACUGUCUCUACCUUAUUUUGGGGCUACUCACAACAAAUAAAGAUUUGUACUCUUGCAUUUUGGUUGAUAAGUCUUGGGCCGCCAUAGCUGUACCAAUAUUAUGGGAAGCUCCUUUUCGAAAUGAUCGAAGCUUCGUUCCAUCUCCUAAAGUUAUUGAUGUCUAUAUGGCGUUUUUACCCGAAAAUCAACAAGGAAUUAAGCUUUCGCCGUCUAGGAUUCCUUUUGACUACCCUUCAUACCUCAAAGAACUACCGUUUGAUCGCUUUUGCAAUGCUAUUGGUAGAAAGGAUUGUUUUAGACCCAUAGAUCAAGAUCUUGUAAUCAAAUUACUUAAAAUGUUUGCUUCCCAUGGUGCAACUUUACGAAGAUUUGAUAUCUGUAGUUCUUUAGCUAAUCAGGAUAUUCUAAAAAAAGACUGGAUAGCACUUCCUAGUAACCCUGAACUCUCUUCAAUGUUUGGCAAUGGUUUAACACAUUUUACUUGUGGUAUUCAAUGGUCAACUAAAAAGGUCAAUCUCUUUAAUGCAUUAGCCUUAAAUUGUCAUAAUAUUAAAAAUCUUAAAGUUAAAGUUCAGAAUAUAGAUGAAGGAAUCGCAUUAGCAAAACUCAUUCUUGCUCAAAAACAGUUAACCAAGUUUUCUUUAUUAAACAGUAAUCUUGCCGCAUCAAUAGUUGUUCAAGCUCUAGCAAGACAUACAAAAUCUCUUAACUGUUUGUCGUUUAAACUUAUGAUUACCGGAAAAGGAUUUUACAAUACACCUCCAUUUUUUAAUUAUUCAAGUUGUCAAUUAGGUACAAAUGCUAUUAAUGCCAUUGUUCAAUGCGUUAAUGUUACCAAAUUGUCGUUUAAACAAUGCGAUGGAUUGAACAUUCCUAAAUAUGAUCCUAUUAGCACUGCUUUUCCAAAUCUGACAACUUUAAUUUACAGAUUUGGUGGUCAUAAGGAUCAUGAUAAUGCAACUCCUUUAAAUUUAUUAUCCGGUCUUGUUAGAACAAGCUGCAAUACCCUUGAAAUGAUCGACUUUUUUUGGAGCAUUAGUAUUGAUAGUGAGAUUCCUGAUAUGUCUCAACUCAUUCAAGCAAUUACUCAAUGCACAAUUAAUCUCAAAUGUCUAAAUAUUCCACUUUAUACUGUAGAACAACUCUCUUUAAUUUAUCAAUUUUGUGACAAAUUAGAGAAUCUUAAAAUCAAUUUAUUCAAAACAGUUAAUCCAAAUAAUGCAUUAAGAAUUUUUGCGAAUAAGUCACACGAUAAUCUUAAAGCUAUUAAUAUUUUGCUUUACAUGCAUGAACAUGAUGAUAAGCUUGAUGAACUUCAAUUGGAUCAGAUUUUUAAUAAUAUUUUUCUCAAGAAUAAACAAAUUAAAAUGUUCAUUUUAGAUGAAAUUUACGUACCAAAAAUUUCAGACGAGAAAAGUGCAUUGCUGCAAAAAAUGUAUCCAAAGCUUAAGAUACUAAAAUUUUGUCGUUAG